AUGUCAGAAAAGUGUAUGAAAGUAGAUCCAAUCAUUUGUAUUCAAUAUAAUCUAAUUAGUGAUCUAAAAAAUCAUCAGAGAAAAUACUUACUUAACUGAAAUAGAUAAUAAACUCGAUGUUGAUGAUUUUCAUAAUCCAUUAAAUGUAGAAGAAACUUAAUCUUAGUUGGUGGAUUCAAUUUUUGGUAGUUGCAAUGUUAAAUCUCAAAAAGGUAAUUAAUUUAUAUAUAGUAUUAUAGCAAGUAAAAUGAUUAGUUCAUCUGGUAAUGCUAAACCUACCUCUAAUUAACAAUAUGGUUCAUUAUUUAGAAGUGGAGUUUCUAAUUAUACAGUUUCAGAUGAAGAUGAAAUUUAAAAUAAUUCGAAUGUGAUUAAAGAUGAUAAACAAUGUAAUUCAAAGAUUGAUAUUAAUGAUAUUAAUUAUCUCAAACCUCCAGAUUUGAAACACUAAAAAUAUUAAAUAUCUUAUGAAGAAUUGAACUAAAGAUGUCAAUAACUUGAAGUAAAUUUGGAGAUUGAAAGAAAAAAAAAUUAAGAAUUAAAUGGUAAUUUAGUUUAUCAGAAAUAUAGAUAUCAUUCUCUGUUAAAAUGAGAGAAUAUAGGAACUUACAGAAAUAGAAAAGGCUGCAUAUGAAUAAAUGGAUAGCAGACUCAAAGAAAUUUCAGAAUUAUAAGCUAAGAAUAUAUAUUUAGAAGCAUAAUUGUAAGAGUUUAAAGAUAGUCAAGAAAAAGAAUUAAGUAAUAAAAAGAUUUUAAUUAAUAUAGAAAAUAGAAUAAAAGGAUUUAUGGAUUCUAAUAAUAGUUCAUAAAUGAAUGCAAUGUUAUGUAAUUUAAUAUAUUAUACUUAGAAAUAAAGGAAAAAUAAAUCUAAUUAUUAUAAGGUUAAUUAAGUAGUCUAAGAGCAGCUACUUAAUAUAGAUCUUAAGGAAGCUAUCAUAGUACAUAGAGUCAUGAUAAUCUUUAAGAUAAUAAAGUUGUAAAUCAAAUUAUAAACAACACUAAUAAUAAUUAGAUUAUAAUAAAAAAUGAGAUAUUUCAAAAAGAAAUUACUUCAUUAAUUUAAAAACCUAAAACAUCAACACCAAAGAAAUAAUAAAUUAUUAAUUAGGAUUCUCAAUCUACUCAAAGAUCUAAAAAAGGUCUUAAUCACAAUAAAUAAAAUUCUAAAGAUUCAAUUACUUAACCACCUACUUCAUGGUUAGAUCAUAUAUAAAAAAAGGCUGAUGAUAAACUUAAAAUUUUGAAUAAUCAACCAUCAGAAAAAGAAUUAUAAUAAGCAACUUUGAAUAAUUCAAUAAAUGACAAUGUAAAUAAAUAUCUACAUGCAGAUUGUAUUUAAAUUAAUUAAUUUAUUUAUUAGUGAAAAUAACUAAAGUUAAUAGUCCAGCAUUUUAAAGAAAAACUACUUAUUAAUUAGCAUUAGAUAAUGAUAAUUAAGAUAACAAAGAUUUUAUAAAAUAGAAAAGUUUCUAGCAUAAAUGA